CUGACACUGUGAAUAGGUAAAAUGCGAUAGACGUAGCCAUUGCGCCAAUUGCAGAGAUGUGGGUGUCGAAUGUCAACGGCUUCGCGUGAGACCAUCCAGGAAGAGGCCGUUUCCAGCCCAUCUAAACCGUGAAGAGAAAGUACUAAACUUGGAAGCGACGGCAAGUCCGGCAAACAGAGACAGUUAUUGCAACCAAGCAUUCAACACAGAUGGUAUAAUGGAGGAUCGACCCUCAAGGCGCCAGCGAACGGACGGUCACAGUGAAUGGGGAGUAACCCCAGAUAGCAUUGGUACUCCAGGCACCGACGCUGGGGGCUCCAACUACCAUGCAAUUCAGGCAAAGUCUGUGAUCGAGCUGGAGCUCGGCGAUUGCAGGCAUAUUAGCAAGGAGCAGCAGUCCAUUCUCAAUUCUGCACUUCAAUUGGUCAGCCAGCUUGCAGAGAAGGAACCUGUAGAGGCAGAGGGCUGUCUAGGAGCCGAUGGUUUUACUGAAGAUCCCACUCUUAGCGUCCCGGAGAGUCCGCCCCCAGAGCUACUGUUCAUGCUCCUCCGAGUUCCGUCUGAUAAUUCAGAUCUGCGAUGGCCUGAUCAUAUAUCCAACAAGACGUUUGAGAAAAUGGCAACCGCGUUGAUGAACGGAGAUUGUCGCGGGAAACUAUUUCAUCAAUAUUGUGUCUGCAUCUACGUCAGAGCACUCUGCCAUUUGUAUUCCCUUUCCAGGGUUGCUGCCAACGCCACCGUGAAGAACCAGCUAUAUCGAUCGAGGAAAGUGUACGUAGCUGCUACUCUUCGGAGUAUCAAGCAGUUCGACAUUUUAACACCACCGAGCCUCCCAUCUAUACAGUCUUUGAUAUCAGCUGCACUCUUUAUGCAACACCUCGGGGAAAUCAACCAAUGCUGGACGGUGAACUCGUAUGCCGCUCGUCAAAUCGCAGCCCUUGGCUACCAGAAGGUCCACAACGUUUCCAAUCGCUCCGACACUGAUCAGGAGAUACAUAGUGCGGUAUACUGGUGCUAUUAUAUUGAUAGGACCCUGAGCGCGCUGCUGUUCCGGCCGCCAUCCUUUCCUGAUAUGGCUAUCUCACCAACAGAACUUAUCGUGCUGGACACAUCAUCACCCUACGGUCCUUUGAUCCGAUUACUUCUGGAUCUCUCACAAAUCCAAGGUCGACUGCUCGCAAUCCAGUUUCAAAAUACAUCUCAGACUCACGUACUGGAUGACUGCCGUCGUUUACGGGAGAAAAUGGAAGACAUUCUUCCUCACUUACAAUCCAGCCGAAAAUCGGUCCCUAAGGCUAUCCAACACGAUUGGAUAGCUACCGACUUUUGCUAUUAUGCCAUUCUCGUGGAGAUCCAUCGUACUCGCCUACGGUGCUCUUUCACACCGCUAGUUCAUAAAGAAUGUCUUGCCUGCGCGCGACGAUCCCUAGAGGCAUUCCGAUUCCUUCUCCAACAUCCAGCAGAGAUGCCCGGAUUCAACGAUCCUUAUCCGACAUUUCUCACCUGGACACUCUUCCUCUACCCCCUCACCCCAUUCUUCGUUCUCUUCUGCCACAUAAUCGGGUCACUAGAUCAACGUGACUUUGAUCUCGUUCAGGAUAUUACCAGAUUCCUAUCACGCUUCAAGGGACAUCCACAUCUGGAGAAAGUCCUCAGACUGCUAACAUCUCUGGAACAACUGUGCGAGCCGUUGUUCCAGGGCCGUGUGGACGGAGCAUCUACCCGACCGUUGGACAGACCUUUGGCGUUGUCCGUACCUGAAACAAACAACACCAGUGAAGUUUUUCCUUCUGGGGUAGAGCCAAUGAUGGGGGGCUUUACUGGUGGUGAUAUGCAUCCCAGGAAUAUAGGCAUAGCACAUGCCGAGCUCGGCCCAACCGCCGAUUGGCUGACAUGGCAGAUGUUUGAUAGUCAGUUGCCGUCGGGAUGGCUGAAUGUAGAUAUGGGUUUGUAUGGCCUUAAUGGAUAGUCUACGGUGAUCAACAGAAGACGGUAAGACGCGCUUUAGGCCUUUCUUUUAGUUUCCACUUCAG